AUGUUUAUGAGAGGUUUAAGAAGUAAUGGGUUGAUCACCAGAUCAAAUUUUAUAACGACUCAAUUUUUCAGCACUUCAAGAAUCAUAUUUAAUGAUAAAAAAUCAACUGAUCAAUUAUUAGAUUUAUUCACUACCCCCAAUAACAAAGACAAUGAAAUCGAAAAGAACUUAUUUGGAUUCUUGAAUCAAAAAGAUAGAUCAUCAAAUAUAGAAAGUAAAGUCAUGCAUCCAAGAGAUGUGGCUAAAAGAAUCAAAAUUACUGGACCUUUAGCUGGUAGAACCAUUAAUGUAACAAAUAAUAAUGUUGGAGCAUCUUUGAAAAUGCUUAAUUCUGUUAUAAUGUCCAAUAAAAUCAGAUACUUACAAAGAAUUCAAAGUAGGUACAUUAGACCUGCUAAGUAUAGAAAACAAUUGAAAAGAGAAUGGUGGAGAAGAAAAUUCUCUGAAGAAUUCAAGAAAUUACUUGCCAAAGUUAAUGAUGCUAAAAGAAAAGGUUAUUAA